GGCUUUGAAAUGAACGGAACGUGCUCUACGAAAGUUCUGGAUCGCUCGGUAUCUCCUCCGACAUAACGCGCCGCGAUAAACCACAGCAACUCGUGUGCUCUAGUUUUUAGUUCAUAUUUCUUUAUGACUUAAUCGGUUCAGUUUGCCUUUUGUCUACUUCUCAAACACUAAAGAUGCAAAUCUUAAAUCUUUUUGUGCUAGGUGCGAUGGACAGUUUGCACGUAUCUGGCCAACAAUCGGGUAGCAAAACAUCAAGUCGAAGCACUUCCCCAUGCAGACCUCGAAGCUCAGAGUACCAAGUUCGUGGUCAUCACAUGAAAUCUUUAAGUCAUGGUUCGGCAGAUAGUACUAAGUCGCAACAGGACGUCAUGACGCAGCAACAGCAACAACAGGCCUCCUCUUCGGCUACCAGAACAAGUAGACAUCGAAGUCCUGCCGCUCCAAAAUCAUCUGAUAUGGAUGACUCGACAACGUUGUCUCAUGCUCUCGACGAUUCCUGUCCGCUCACUGAAGGAGAUACGUCCGAUAUUUGUUAUCCACCGUCCUUCGUAUCAAAUGGUUCUUCAGAACAUGCUCCGCGACCCGAAGAUGAUUCUGUUACGGAUAGUGCUGGAAAUUCCACCAGAAUUAAUCCGGUUAUUGAACAACUUGAACAUAAAAUUAUUAGAACGAAGGAUCUUAUUAGGACUGAACAAAAGUUAAGAGAUGAUAACGUAAACGAGUACCUAAAGUUAUCGACUAACGCCGAUAAACAACAACUGCAGCGGAUAAAGGCGGUUUUUGAAAAGAAGAAUCAAAAAAGUGCUCAGGUUAUUUCUCAGCUUCAAAAAAAGCUGGACAAUUAUCAGAAACGUGUUCAAGUUUUUGAAACGCAAGGUGUUCAAGGUCAUAAACCAACGAGGGAAGUUUUAAGAGAUAUGGGACAAGGGUUAAAAAAUGUUGGUGGAAAUAUAAGAGAUGGAAUAUCCGGUUUGAGUGGGACCGUAAUGUCAAAACCAAGAGAAUUUGCUCAUUUGAUUAAAAACAAAUUUGGGAGUGCCGAUAAUAUUAGCCAGCUAUCGAAUACACAUGUAGAAGAUAAUAUUGGCACUCAACAUAGUUCGACACCCCCUGGUUUGAAACGAAUGGUCCUAAAUAAAGGAGUUAGUGCGUGGUACAUAGGGCCUGGGACAACCGGCUCUGAUGGAAGCGGUACGAAUGGGGGCGCCGGAGGAAGCGAUCAGGGUGAAAAGAAUCACCACGGCUCCGCUACAUUACCCGCCAAUCUUCACGUGGCCACCUCACAUAAUUCAAUGAGCCAAAACGCCCCACCAAAAUUUAGCGAUGACGGAAGUGAAUGUAGCAGUGUUGUUACUAGCGAAAGUAUAGAUAGAUAUGGAAGAGCGCAAGAGGAUCCUAACCAAGAAUACAAUUUAAAAGUUAUCCUAAAAGAAUUACAAGCGAGAUCCCAAGAAAUGGAUCGGUUAAAAGAAAAGGUUGAAAGGACCAAGCACCUUGAGCAAGAAGUUCAAAUUUUAAGUAAAGAAUUACAGGAAGAAAAAUUCCGAACUGAAAGACUAGAAGAACAAAUAAACGAUUUGACUGAGCUACAUCAAAAUGAGGUUGAGAAUUUAAAGCAGCUAAUGAAUGAGUUGGAGGAAAGGAUUCAAUAUCAAAGUGAGGAACGACUGAGGGAUAUACAUGAAAUGCUUGAACAUUGUCAAACUAAGAUUCAAAAAAUGGAACACCAAGCAUUACAACAACAACAAUAUGUUACAUUAGAAGGAAUAGACAAUUCGAAUGCUCGAGCACUAGUUGUUAAGUUGAUAAAUGUACUGCUGACUGUUCUUCAAGUUGUAUUAUUACUGGUUGCUACUUGUGCCGGAAUUAUCAUGCCGUUUUUACGUACGAGUCGUAGUAGUCGUAGAACGGUGACCGUUUUUGAAACGAUUGAAGGGGCUCGUCCAAAACUGUCAUUGACCGCAUCGUGUACAUCGUUUAUCACUAGGACAUUUUCAAAAACAUGACAUAAACUGAGUUCGAAUCCUAACAACGUUAUUUAUAGUGUUUGCCGCGGUUUUUAUUCUACGUCAAUGGCCGGAAGUUCAAGAUAUAGGUUCGCAUAUUAUGAAACGUUUAAAAGAAACUUUAGAUCCGGUGAAAUAGCAUUUGCUGUAUUAAGUACACAGACGUUCGUUUUUUGAAAAAAAAAGCAAAAAAAAACGAACUUUGUGUAACUUUCUCUCUAUUUCACGCUCUCUCUCUCUGUUUCUAUCUCUUCUUAUACUUGAUCAUUCUACAUACGUUAUAUUUUUUUUUUUAUAAACGAUAAGUUGUGGAUAAAACUAUAAAUAUAAAACAGUUUUUCGAUUUAUAAAAAUGAAAGAAAUGAAUACUUAGUAUAAAUUAAUAAAUUAAUCGAAGUAUUUGCUCCUCGCGUUUGGUUGUAAAUGGUUAUAGCGCUCAAAAGGUAUUAAAAAAAAGAAACUAAAACAAAUUAAAUUAAAGCUGCUGUAAUCUUUUUUAAAGAAAAUGUAGGGAUGAAAUUCAUGAAUGAAAAUGUUAUUCACUGAGUUUCGUUGGUGUUAAAAAAAGUGGAGGUGAAAGAUUGUGAUUUAGUUCAAUUGUGUAUAAAAGAAAAGUAAAUACCCCUAAUUCAAUAAUAAAAUUUAGAUAAACAAUAAAUUUUCUUAUUUGUAUCGAUCGUUUAAAUAAUAUUAUUGUGUUAAGGUAAAGUAAUAUUUGGCAGCUCGUUAUUUCAAUUAUUUUCAAUUGCAGUUUGGUUUACUGUGCAAUACAAAUACAAACUAAAAUAUCUUAAUCUGUAAGAGAUUAAUUAGUAUUAUACAUAUUUUUUUACCAAAAAAGAAAAAAAUGAAAUGUCCUUGUAAGUUUUAUAAAUACGUCAUUAUUAAUUUAAAAGAUUGGUAUAAAUAAGAUUAAAAAAAAAUGUUAGGGUUACUGUAAGUUUCGUCCAUACAUAGCUAGUAGAGAUAUGUUAUUUUUACAAACGGUCUUAUUAUUGCGGCCUCUGUUAUCUAGAGGCUCAUUUUAUCGUGAUCCAUUUUUUUUUCUCGUCGCCAAAAUCGAUUCAUCAUCGUGUAAUAUCAUUCAGCGUAGAAUGUAUAGAUUAUUUAUUCGAAACUCGUAAAAUGAACCGCGGCGUGCAAAAUAUGGCUAAUGAUUUUUUUUGUCUGAAACAGUAGAUUUUUCUGUUGUGAGAUUCGUUUUUUUUUUUUUUAGCUGUACACAAGUUUAUAUUAUUUAUAUUUUUAUUGCAAUAAAAAAUAGAAUAUAGAAUU